AUGCAGUCCGACAGUCGGAGUAUGACGGACCAUAUGGACUGCCUGGAAGUGGAAGUGGACAAUGCAGGUUUGCCUGCCCUCCCUCCGCUGCGUGUCAUGAGAAAGAUCUUCGAUGCCUUUUUCGAGCACAUCUACCCUAUUCCCGUCUUUUCUUUUCUUCACAGAGCCUCUCUGCUCCAGCUUUACCAGUCCGGCCGGGCCGACCAGGGCCUUCUCUUUGCCAUCAUUGCCCUCACCGUCCUUCUCACCGACGUGGACGCAGAAACCGGUGUGUCCGCCAGCCGAUACAUGGAUUUCGCGCAGGGACCCGUGUUACAGCAGCUGGAACGGCCUUCAGUCACCAAGCUCCAGGUUCUCGUGCUUGCCAUCAGAUUCAGAGGUCUGAUCCGGCAACGGGCAAUGGCAUUCAUGCUCCUCCCGACAGCCACUCGCAUGGCGUACAUUCUCCGUCUAAACUACGAAAACCCGGAACGGAGUGCAGUGGCACGGGAGUCCAACAGACGGUUGAUGUGGUCGGUCUUCACGCUCGAUGGCAUGAUGUCCGGGGGUCUCCCCGACUUUCGCCUGUGCGCACCCGAGACGCUGCAUAUCCAGCUGCCGUGCAAUGAAGAGAACUUUGAACUGGGUGUCGAUGAGACCACUCCGGAUCUGGAGACUUCGCAAUCAGCCUCGGGCCAAUUCCCUGCCAACACCGGCUUGGUGGCGUUGUACAUCCGCAUAUCAUGGAUGAGGAGUCGAAUCUUGCAACACACCAAGCGGGUGGUCGCGGCGCGCUCCCACGACACGGAGGAAAUCGAACGCAGCAUCACCUCCUUGGGCCGCGACCUGGCGGCAAUCGCAGCAUGCCUCCCCGCGAAGUAUGUCUUCUCGGCCAACAAUCUACGAUUGCGGGCUUUCUCGUCACGACUGAGUGCAUUCGUGCUGUUUCAUCUCUGGUGGCAUCAAUGUCAUUGCGAUCUGUUUCGAAUAGCAUUGUCGGGAUUGCGGGAGGCCCUGCCACAGUCCACCACCCAAAGGUUGACCCCGGAAUUCGUCUCCCACUGUCGGAGGCAGUGUUUCGACCACGGGGCUUCCAUCAUCGAAAUCUUCACCACGCUACAGUCUCUACCAAUCGAUUCACUCUUCCUGGACUGGGAUUCGGUGGCCUGUGCCUACCAGAGUGCGCGAUAUCUGUUCUAUGGAUUUCAGAGCGACAGUCAGGGGUGCGGCAUGUCUGCAGGGAAGGUCAAGUCGUCUGCCGCGGUGUGUCUCUCUGUGGUCCAAGGCAGAUAUCUCCCACACCAGAUAACGCCCGAGAAAACGACGGACCUGGCAACCAUGGUCGAGCGAGACCUAUCAAACACCUCGGCUGUGCUUGAAGACCAGGAUUCGAACCGAUGUCCACGGCACGGGGACAGACCGACCGACCUCUCACCUGCCUCUCAGCAGAUCCUGUCCCAUCAGAGUAUCAUAUUCGACGUGAAUAUCCAGCCCGAGGGUGACGAAGUAGCGAUACCUCCAACAUUACCUCAAUGCACGCCUCGUAUGAAGAUGUCAGGAACCACGACAGCUCGGUCCGGAGUCUCCACUUCCGGCCAGGAAAUACCUCGCUUUCCCGAGUUUGAUCACCCAAUCGACUUCUCCUCGCUGCAACCCGACACGUCCGUUUUUGAUGCACUUUUUGACGAAAGUAUGUAUCAUGAUUUGUACGGGUUCGACAACAUGGCCUGGUUCUCCGAGCAGAGUUGGACGCCCGGUUCCAAUGAAGACCCGUGUGAAAGUGUGGUAUAA